AUGUCUCGCUCUCGCACCCCGCUCUACCUCGGCAUCGCCGCUGCGGGCGGUAUUGGCUACUACCUCUACAGCGCGGGUGGUAACCCCAAGGUUGCUGAGAAGAAGUUUGAGAGCGACCUCCAGUCGGUCCGCAACCGUGCCGGCGGCAACACCAACCAAUUCCGCACGGACAUCGACAAGUACGGAGCCGAGGCCGGCGCCAAGGUCGAUUCGGCCAUCAACAAGGUGCAGACCGAGUACAACCGGGCGGCGGCCGACGUCGGCAAGAAGGCCGAGGAGACGCGGUCGAACGUGAACAAGUCGAUCGAUGCGUUCGACAAGAAGGUUGAGGACGCCGCAGCCAAGACGAAGAAUGGCGUCUCAGGUUGGUUCGGCGGCAAAUGA